AUGACUGGUAUCCGCGUCUACGCACGGAUUCGUCCGCCCAGUCUGAAAACCGGCAAGGGCAGCAAGCGAAAUGGCGAUGACUCGAGCUCCCAGUGGCUGAAACAGGAGAACGAGCAACAAGUGAGUAUCGAGAGUGGUAAUGGUCAGCGCUCCAUACCGCCAUCACGGGCUGGAGGGUCUCGCACAGCAACACCAAGCUCGGGCAGCGGACGACCUGCUAAGAAUCGCACGUUCCAAUUUGAACGCGUCCUAUCGGUCCGUGCCAGUCAAGAAGAGGUAUUCGACGUGGUUGCCAAGAGCAUUGUGGAAAGGUGCGUGGAAGGGUUCAAUGGCACUAUUUUCGCCUAUGGAGUGACUGGGUCGGGCAAGACCUACACCGUGGAGGGUAGCUGUCGCAAAUACGCAGAAAGAGGACUGAUUGCUCGAACCCUAACUCAUCUCUAUGAGCGACUAUCCGCCAGAGAAGGGAUCGAUUGGAGUGUUCACAUCAGUUACCUGGAAAUCUACCAGGACACUGGCUAUGACCUGCUCAACCCGGGCGCGCGUGGACACUCAAUGAUGGCUACACUGCCGAAGGUGGCCAUUUCGCAGCAGGGUGAGAGCGUCAUCAUUCGCAACUUGAGUUCACAUCUGGCUGCCAAUGAGGAGGUGGCGCUCAACCUGCACUUCCAAGGGCAGGCAAAUCGGCGGAUUGCUGAAACGCCGCUCAACCAGCGCUCCUCCCGCUCACACGCCAUCUUCACCAUCACAGUCACAGCACAGGAAGCCGACUCGGAGGUCGUCACGAGGUACGGCCAAACGAGAAUGCAAAUACUUCUGAAGUACUUCUGCCCAUGCAUUGUUGUUGCACUGAGCUAAUGUGUGACACACCUGCAUGGUGCUGAGAAGUCUCCAGGGCUGUCACAAC